CAACUGAAUCUGAUUCCAAUUGUUAACAGAUUACUAGUGGAGAUGUAUGAGAGAAGAGGAAGAUACAGAUGAACAGAGAGAUACAGCAGAGAGCUGGUAGCGCCGUGAUGGCUGGAAACAAGUGGAAGUUUAGGUUAUUACAUUUCAUACCCUCUCAUACAGUCCUCACAAGUAUUAAUACGGCUGCUACUCACUAGUUCACCCAGUUGGGCCCGAAUACGCGCAUAUUCUGCUUCGUGGGCCUUUUGCUGUCUUGGCGCAGCCCACCUGACACUUCUCCAGCUUCACCAUCUUCAGCUGAUUCACUGAUGUGGCUAAUAGAGAGACGCUUCCUGGGCCGCUGCCCCCCGAGACGGAAGACGGGGGCAUCGCUGUCGGUGGGCGCGUAACCCUAGGCACGCGUUGCUCGAUCUGGUGAAUGGGGGAGAGGGGAUUGGGGUAGGGGUGGGUGGGGUAGUGGCGGUGGAGGGAGAUAUUGCGAUUGGUUUUUUGAAGUUUUUUUUUCGAAAGGUGCAGCGGGUUCGGGGGAGGCGGUGUGGGCGAAAAUGAGGGUUGAUUUGGAAUAAACAGAAAGGUCUUAUUGCAAAAAUAUGACGCACGACUAAUACUUAAAUAUAGUAAAGAUAUAUACCGUGUUACUAAUUUUGGUUUGGCACUUUGGUCCGUCAAUUAAUCAGUCGUCGUCACCAAAACACAUGCAUGCAUGCGUGUGCGCCGGUCAAUGCAAAUCGCCAUACGCCAGUCGUUGCUCCUGUCCUCUCCGAUCUUGCGUCGUUGUGCUAGUUUUUGCUGGCUCUUUUGAUUAAUUUGCUGCAUGCGUCGUUGAUCGGAGUCGGAGAUAGAUCAUGGUGGGCUGCUUUGCAUGCUUCAAGCCAGCGGGUGACCAAGAGGCGGACGAAGAGGCGCCACUGCCGUCGACGUCGAGGAGGCGCGGUCGGAGCCUGCGAUUGCCGUCGUGUUCGUCGUCCAACAAGGGUAACCAGCAAGCCGAUAACCCAAUAGCGGCGGCGUCGAGCAGCAACGUCGACAGCAGAGCCCGCGCGUUCACCUACGACGAGCUCGCGGCGGCAACGGAAAACUUCCGUGCGGAGUGCUUGCUGGGGGAGGGCGGUUUCGGGCGCGUGUACCGGGGCCGUCUGGAGAGCGGGCAGGUGGUGGCGGUGAAGCAGCUGGACCGCGAGGGCGUGCAGGGCAACCGCGAAUUCGUGGUGGAGGUGCUGAUGCUGAGCCUCCUGCACCACCCCAACCUGGUGAACCUUGUGGGCUACUGCGCCGACGGCGAGCAGCGGCUGCUGGUGUACGAGUACAUGGCGCUGGGGUCGCUGGCUGACCACCUGCUGCUGGACACCAGCAGCAGGGACAAGGGCAACGCCGCUCCCGAGCAGGAGCAGCGCGCGCUGAGCUGGGAGACGCGCAUGCGCGUCGCGCUGGGCGCCGCCCGGGGGCUGGAGUACCUGCACGAGACGGCCAACCCGCCCGUGAUCUACCGCGACCUCAAGUCCUCCAACGUCCUCCUCGACGACGCCCUCUGCCCCAAGCUCUCCGACUUCGGGCUCGCCAAGCUGGGCCCCAUCGGCGACCGGUCCCCGCGCGUGAUGGGCACCUACGGCUACUGCGCCCCCGAGUACGUGCGCGCCGGCACCAUCACCGUCAAGGCCGACGUGUACAGCUUCGGCGUGCUGCUGCUGGAGCUCAUCACCGGGCGGCGCGCCGUGGACUCCACCAGGCCCACCGCGGAGCAGCUGUUGGUGGCCUGGGCUAUGCCCAUGCUCCGGGACAGCAAGAGGUACCGCGAGCUGGCCGAUCCGCUCCUGCGAGGGGGCUUCCCGGAGAGGGACCUCAAACAGGCCGUGGCCGUGGCCGCCAUGUGCCUGCAGGAAGAGGCAUCCGCUCGCCCGCUCAUGAGUGACGCGGCCAUGACGCUGGCAUACCUCGCAGAAGCGGCGGCGUCGGCAGCGGCAAGCAGCAGUACUAGCUAAUAUACUUCUAAGCUAGAUGGAAUAGUACUGGCCAGAUAGAACACGUAUGGCUAGCUACUAGCCUAUUAGGGGCAAUAGGCACUAGGCAGGCAGCACGGAUUGGAUGUCAAUAUGUCAUGGAUGAGUCCAUCAAAAUUUCUCUCUGUUUAGCUUUGUAUACGUCCAUGCAACAGUUAAGGUGACGUUUGAAUGCACCUAUUUAGCUUCUAAAAUUAGUUGAAAAUA